AUGAUAACCUCUGGCGGACUCGGCACCAUGGAAUACGGACUUCCCGCAGCCAUUGGCGCCAAGAUGGCGCACCUAGACGCUUUAAUUAUCGAUAUUGUCGAGGAUGCCUCGUUUAGUAUGACUUUGUCCGAGUUAUCUACUGCGGCACAGUUCAAUGUCGGCGUCAAGGUGUUGUUACUUAACACCGAAGAGCAGGGCAUGGUUAACCCGGACUUUGUGGCGCUCUCCGAGGCGAUGCAUGUGCAAGCCCGGUGGGUGUCAGAUCCAAAGGAAUUAGCAGAGAGCCUGAAGUGGCUUGUUCAUUCGCAGGGACCAGCGCUUCUAGAAGUUAUUACGGACAAGAAAGUUUCCGUGCUUCCCACGGUGCGGUCAGGGUGUGGACUUGACGAGUUGAUUGCGUAUGAUGAAGAACAGGAGAAACAAAGACGGGAGCUUAUUCGAGAGCGGACUAAUGGUAUACAUGGCUAA